UGUUUUUUUUAACAUUCACAAACAAAUUAGUUAACGACAGUGAAUAACAAAUUUGGUAUUACUAAAUACUGCAUAUUUGUUAGAUAUGAUUGAAUCGUUUAGUCUUUGGAUUUUAUUUUGUAUAUUUUGUACUGAUGUUUCAGACACUGCAAUCACAAAUAAAAGAGCUGAGCACUUUAAGAUGAAUCUGGAUUACAAAGAUAUUUUGCCAAUAUCUGGAACUGUUUUAAAGAGAGGGACGUUCACUUUGAAUGGAUGUGGAAGCGUUUGUAUUUCUGAUGAAUUUUGUCAAACUAUUUUUAACCAACCCCUGGCAGGAAAUUGUUUCUUGUAUAAUUAUUCCAUUGGGGAGUACACUCCAAUAAAAAGCGAAAAUGGCACAGAAAUAUACGAAAUUUACUCUUCAUGCAGUGAUUCACAAUUUGUACACAAUAGAGCAGGAGGUCACUGUUUCAAUGUCUUCCAGACAAGUAACAUCACUUCUAUGUACGCCAUGGAGGCAUGCAGACAGACAAAUGGAGUGUUGAUUGCUUUAGAUACCAACCAAAGAAUAGCCUUUGUGACCGAGUACAUUCGUAAUCACUUUUAUUUUACAACAACAACAAGAAGAACGUUUCAAAUCGGAUUGAACAAUACUCAGGUACCCGGCAACAAGGUCUGGAAAUGGUCAAGCGGAGUCAACUUGACGAAUGAUCUCCUCAUGCCAUUUUCUCUGAAUAAUUUCGAUGGAAAUAUGAGAGAUUGUUCUGUCGGACAUUGUGGCGUGUUUGAAGUUAAAGCAGACUAUGUUGGAGUGUUCGAUAACUGCUGUUCAAAAGUCUCUUUUUGGUGUAUCUGCUCCAGGUAUGUCAGACAAAACUAGAUAUGUACAUCAACAUUUAUUGAAAUGGAAAAAACAAAAUUUAUUAUGGCUUGUUUCGUAUUUAUUUAAUCAAUCGAUUUUUAAAAAUCAACCAAUACGGGCAAACACAAUUUAGAUAAUAAUUUCUUUUUUAGUUCUUGAACACAAAGAAGAAAACAUGUUUCAUUUAAUUUUACAGCUACGUUUUUAUAUAAGUCAACAUAUAAAGGAUAAUAAAUAUUCAAAGAUAUGUUGAUUCCAUGAAUCUGAAUUCUCUUCAUCGUUGAUGUUUAAACUUGCAAACUAAUACAUCAUCUGUCAACAGAAAAAUAAUCGCCUUGAA